AUGAAGAUACUUGAAGCUCGUAAUGGCGCGCUUACUAAUUUUGAGGUGCUUCAUCUCUUGAGAUCAAGAGGGGCUGGAACAGAUCUGUCUCGUGUCAUUGCAUCUGUUUCGCCUUCUGAAUACAAGGUUUUCGAUUAUUUGGAGCAGACAGCCGCAUGCAACCAAACGAUUGAUGUCAUUAAUAGAUGUUAUGAUGAGUUGAGAAAGUGUGAGCUUGCCAAGGCUGAGGUUCUUAAUAUUAUCAACAUGAGGCCAGCAUCUGUAGUUGAGGUUUACCCGAUUAUAGAAGAUUGUGAGUCGCGGAUGGAAGACAAAAUAGAUGAGCUUGUGGAGACCAUCACGCGGAUUUUGCCGCCUCAUCCUUCACAAAAAGAAGAGCCUGGUCAGGAAAGUGUGGAGAACAAUGGAGAAACUGAAAAUUGA